CGAAUAACAAAUUCCACUAACACAGUAUUUGCAAUUCUAGAGCGACGGGAUCUCUCCGGUAAAUAUCGGAAACUAAUAUUCGCAGCGAGCAAGAUCUCGACGUUUCUCAGAUCCGUCCGGCGAGUUAGAUCUUUGAGGAAUCAUGGCUCCGGUCUCGGCACUUGCCAAGUAUAAGCUGGUGUUUUUGGGAGAUCAAUCCGUCGGCAAAACCAGUAUCAUCACUCGAUUCAUGUACGACAAAUUCGACAAUACUUACCAGGCCACAAUUGGUAUUGAUUUUCUAUCAAAGACAAUGUACCUUGAAGAUCGAACAGUCAGACUUCAGCUGUGGGAUACUGCUGGGCAAGAGCGAUUCAGGAGUCUUAUUCCGAGCUAUAUCAGGGAUUCGUCUGUCGCUGUUAUUGUGUAUGAUGUUGCAAGCAGGCAAUCGUUCCUUAACACCACUAAGUGGAUCGAUGAGGUUAGGACUGAGCGUGGUAGUGAUGUCAUAGUUGUGCUUGUGGGAAACAAAACUGACCUCGUGGAAAAAAGGCAAGUGUCAAUAGAGGAAGCAGAAGCUAAGGCUCGUGAACUUAAUGUAAUGUUCAUCGAAACCAGUGCCAAAGCAGGCUUCAACAUUAAGGCUCUCUUCCGCAAGAUAGCAGCAGCUUUGCCCGGAAUGGAAACAUUGUCUUCGACAAAGCAAGAGGAUAUGGUUGAUGUCAAUCUCAAGUCAUCCAAUGCAAAUGCAUCUCUGGCUCAGCAGCAAUCAGGAGGAUGCUCUUGUUAAGAUUGGCAACAGCAACAACAACAACAAAUCGAUAGAGAACUAAAAAAACAAACAUAUAAAAAAGUCCCCCAGCCUUUGCAUUAUCCAAUCCGCUAUUGUAAAAUUUUUGCCUGCUUAUUCGACUUUUUUUAAUUUUUCUUUCAUCAGAUUGUUUUAAGAAAGACUUGGUUUUAGCUUGUGGUUUUGUUCCUAACUCUGAUCAUUUGUGGUCUUUUGAAGUUUAAAUGCUUUCCCUGCUUCAGUACUUUU